GCGAACGGGCGCUUCGUCAAGCGCCGGGCUGCGGCACAAGAUACGAGAGCUUUGCGCUCACUUGCAGCCCGUGGCGAGCGCUAGAGCCGGCGCUCUCGAUCCCCUGCGCCUCUCCCGCCUCCCGUGCUUCUCCUUCCCCCUUCGCGCGCGAAAAUCAGCCCGUGCUGUCGCCCCAAAUAGCUUCCUCGCGCCAAAUCAAGCCUUCCAAAUUUUCCCCAAAUCACCACCUCUCCCGAACCCUAGAAUUGUCGCCGGCGCACAUCAAGGAGAUGGGUCAGCAGUCCAAACGGACGCGCGCGCCGGCACCUUGUGAAGCCCCUCCACCAGCGCCUCUGCUCACCCCGCCGCCAGCGCCUCUGCUCACCCCGCCACCAGCGCCUCUGCUCACCCCGCCGCCAGCGCAUCUGCUGGUCUCGCCGGCGCCUAAGUCCGCCCCGCCUGCCUGCAUCGGUGACUCUACAUCACCUUGGUACAUGGCUGGCAAUAUGGACUACUCUGAUCCACAAGUAUGGGGAGUGGAUUCUCACCCACCUGGUGGUUACCUUAGUUACUUUCAGAACACGGCAGGCCCCACACAACCUAUUCACAAUGGGAGUUCACCGCAACCAGUCAAUGCUGGCGAUGACACAAAUGGUGGUGAUUGUGGAAGGACUGAAAAACGCUUGCUAUGGACAAAACAAGAAGAUCUUCGAUUGGUUAGUGCUUGGUUGAAUAAUUCCAAUGACCCAAUCCAAUCAAACUACAAGAAGAAUGAACAAUAUUGGAAAGAUGUUACUGCUGUCUACAACAGUACCACCCCAAAAAACAGGGAACGACUAGUCAAGCAAGUGAAAGAUCGCUUUGGGAGAAUUAAGAAAAGGGUUGCAUGGUUUUGUGCGAGUUAUAAGGAGGCUAGUGCUUUGUAUGCUAGUGGUGAAUCUGAUGCAGAUUUAAAGAAGAGGGCAAUGCAAACUUAUGAGGAAGAUCACAAAAAAGACGGUCCGUUUAUGUUUGAGCAUUGCUGGGAGAUUCUUAAAAAGGAACCAAAAUGGGACGCAUAUUUGGAACGCCUAGAAGAUCUGGAGCCGGACAAGAGGAAGUUUAGUGUUGAUGAUGAAGUAGGGAAGCAUUCCACUAUAGAUGAUGAUGAUGAUGAAGAUGAACGUCCACCGGGUGGCAAGCAAGCUAAGGAGAAGCAGAAACGAAAAAGAAAGGAUGAAGUUUGUAUAAUAGAUCUUGAAGAUGGGCUUCAAAAGUUUGUAGAUGCCCAGAAUGCAGCAAAUGAAGGCCGCAAAGAGAUGUUAGAGACCCAGAGGCGUGUUUCUGCUGAGAAUCUUGAAGCACGGAGGCUUGCUCACCUUGCGGCAAAAGAUCACAAAGAGUCGGUCAUGCUAGAAACAUAUCACUCAUUGGUGAUGCAAGACACAAUCGGGAUGCCUGAAGAUGUGAGAUCGGAGCAUGUGUUGGCAUUGAAGUGUUUAAGGGAGAAGCUAUUUGGCAAAAUGGUCUAAGUGGUUGAAGGUUAUUGAUGCAAAUGAGUGGUUGCUCCUUUCCAGCGAAGUACCCUCCAUGCUUUGUGACUUUUGUCAUCGUCCAGAUCAAGACUAUGAUUGUUGCUUGUGGUCGUGAACAGCUUGUUUGCCGGAGAUGUUAUCUAUUAUGUUUGCUGAAUGCUUUCUUAAAGACUUAUGUAAUCUUAAGUAAUUACUCAUGAUGCUAUGGAGCAGUAUGAUGCUGUGUGACAUGUUUGGAGUACUAUGAUGCUGUAUGACAUAUGUUUGU